AUGGUCCGCUCUUUCGUGCUGACCGGUGCCGUGCUCCUUUGCUCCGGGGCACUCUUCAGCGCCUUCGUCCCGGCAGUUCGCAGCUCUCCGGCACCGGCUGGAACGGCCGGAACGGCAGCGGCCCUGAGUGCUGUCACGCUCGUGGCUCCGAACCCCGCUUUUGCAGAUGAGGGUGCCGUGUGGAUCCCAGCGCUCUCCGCCAUUGGGGCAGGCUUCGCCAUCGGCCUCGCGGCCAUCGGCUCCGGCGUGGGCCAGGGUAUCGCCUCCGGUCGUUGUAUCGAUGGCAUCUCCCGGCAGCCCGAGGUUGCUGACGACCUCCGUGGCGUCUUGCUCCUCUCCUUGGCCUUCAUGGAGUCCCUGACGAUUUACGGCCUGGUGAUCGCCCUGGUGCUUCUCUUCGCCAACCCCCUGAUCAAGUGA